GCGCGCUCUUCUAGCGGUCCGGGCGCGCGCGCUGUUCACUAGUGAGGCGCUGGGGCUUCUGUUCACUUCUGAGGGGCUCAAAACUGCGGCGAGGAUGAACGCUCCGUGUGCGCGCUGCGGGAAAACCGUGUAUCCCACCGAGAAGAUCAGCUGCCUCGACAAGAACUGGCACAAAGGCUGUUUCCACUGUGAAGUGUGUAAGAUGACGCUCAACAUGAAGAACUACAAAGGCUACGACAAGAAACCCUACUGUAACACUCACUAUCCCAAGACGUCGUUCACUAUCGUGACGGACACACCGGAGAACCUGCGUCUGAAGCAGCAGAGUGAACUACAGAGUCAGGUGAGAUAUAAGCGAGACUUUGAGGAGAGCAAAGGCCGAGGCUUCAGUAUCGUCACAGACACGCCGGAGCUGCAGAGACUCAGAAGAACACAGGAGCACAUCAGUAACGUAUGAUACACUGAUCACUAUAGCGCGGUAAAAACACCUGUAUGUGUGUGUGUGAGAGAGUGUGAGGUGCUUUUGGUCUCUGAUAACAAACACAAUAUCACACUACUGUCACUAUGAAUGAAAAGACCGGACCGGACUGGAGCGACUCUGAGAUCACGCUGAGAUGCAGGUGAGAUGAUCUGGAUUCAUAAUAUAUAAUAUCUAUAAUAUGUAAUAUAAUAUCUGAUCUGAUGUCUCUGUGUCUCCUGAGGUCUGCCCCGCCACGCGUGACGUCGCUGACAGAAGCUGUUUCCAUCCAAAGAUGCGAAUUUAACGUAUGCGCAUAACUGGAAUAUCGCAUAAAACAUUUGCAAAUAAAGCACCGUUUCCAUCCAACGAAUCAAAGAGAAGAAACUCGUCACUUCCUGUUAAACUGGCACUAAAUAUCACUAAUAAAACUAGGGGAAGCCACUGAUUUCCAUAUGUCAUAAAUGACCCGGCGCGCCUCAGAGCGAGCAGACGAAACACAAUAAAUGCUGUCAGUGCUGUCGGAGGCGGAUGCUGCUGUUUGUGAACGCAGUCGUGUGUAAGACACUUAAACAGAAAUACUUUGAUGACAGACCGUCCUCAGGCAUUUCAGAACGACCAAAACAACACAUAGAUGCUGUGAACGAGAUCGGUGCGCUGCUAGUCAGGUUUGCCGUCUCAUAGCGCUUUUUGAUGCGCAUGGAGGAAUUUAUUCAGCAAAUGUGUUUCCAUCGUAGUUUAUGCACAUUUUUUCUUAUCGGAUACAAACUUUAUCCUACUCAAUUAUUUUUAGAAUUUAUGCGCAUCUUGGAGUUUCCAUUCAGAGUUUUUUUUAAUGCAAUAUUCCAAAAUGCGCAUUAAAACAGUUGGAUGUAAACAUAGCUAGAGCUCAGUCUGUCCUGUAGUUUUCACCCCGUUUAUGUUUUUGGAUUGUGAUGUUAAAGCGCUGAGCUUUUCCUGUGAUUGUGCCUCAUUGUUCCCUCAUGCAGACUCACUGCUGUCUCACACAUGUUUGUGAAACACAGAAAACGAGAGCGCCUCAAUCCCACAAUCCCUCAGUGCCGCUCUUAUCGCCGCUGCUCGUUAGUGGUAAUUCCAGAGAUGGGCUCCACCCGUCCAGUGUUUUUAGCUGCGUCUGUCGGUCACGUGAUGCGGCCAGUAAAUGCUGCUCUGUAAUUAGAGCGAAUGAAAAGAGGAAACAGGGUUUUAAACACAUGUUUACGCCACUGAACUUCCUGUCUGACUUGUUUUCUGUUGUUGAUUUGUGUGUCGUUUCGAGCUGCUGAUGUUCAGAUAGUUUUAUGUUUGAAGUCACUGGAAGUUUGUAAAUUCAGUGUUUUCCAUUUUUUAAUUAUAAUGGUUUCAUUCAUUUUUAAUAUUCCAAAAACAUGUCUAAUCAAAUUAACUAAACAAAAAUUUUAACAAUGUAACAAUUUUACAACAUUUUUACAGUUGUAUGACCAAAUUAAAUUUUUUUCUUUUUUUUUUUACCAAAUUCCAUU